AUGGAAGCUUUUAUUACCUCUCAAAGUCCAUCGCCAAGCAGUUCAUUAGAAGAUUUGUCUGCUCCACUUGACAGUUUUAAUAAUACAGUUAUUAUUUUAACUCAAUCAGAUAGUAAUACAAAAAGUAAUUCUACACCACCACAGUUAAUAAUUUCAGUGAUGCUUCGUUAUGCACUGGAAUGUGCUAGAAGAUGUCAAAAUAAUAUGAAAGAAUCAAUUUUUUCAAAAAUAUUUCAUCGUUUACAAUUACCAAUGGAUACUUUUCGAACAUUAUUCAUAGACGAAAUGGACACUUCAAUAAGUUAUACACGGUCAUAUGCCGAAUUAAAAACACUUAUACCUUGUAUUGUAAACAUUCCUUCGUCCAUAGCAGCACCAUCAAUAGUUAUGGCUAUCAGUUAUGAAGCUGAAUCGUCAUUGAAUACAUUUAUUUCGACAACAAUUCACCCAUGCUCAGUUUGUUCUGGCACACAAAACGUUGAUAAUAUUGGUUUUAAUAAUGAACUUAUUUUUAAACAAAUUAUUAGUCAACAUGGGGGUUCAACAAUAGUUAUUAUUUAUUAUAUAACUGAUCGUAUAAGAUCUGCUGAGAUAAUGGUAAAUGAUUUACAUCCUUCAAUUAAUGUUACAUUUCCAAUGAUGUUGCCCAAUCAAAAUAUUUCUUCAUUACCUAUUACACUUAAUCUAUGUCAAGGAUUUAAUUCAAUUCGUAUUUAUAAUCCAAGUGGCUAUACACCGGCUGUCGACCGAAUUGUUGUUUAUUAA